GUUGUAGUGCAGUAUAAGUGAUUUUUGUCCUUCAGUACUCUGCACACAUACUGCAGUAUCAAGAUAACAGCACAGAAGCACCGAACAGUCUUGAAGAUGGUGGUUUUGUCUAAAGAGUAUGGGUAUGUGGUGCUAACCGGAGCAGCAUCAUUCCUCCUGAUGGCUCAUCUGUCUCACGCUGUUGUGAAGGCCCGGGGUAAAUACAACGUUCAGUAUCCUAAAAUGUACAGUGACAAUCCAGAGACUGGUCAAAUAUUCAACUGUAUUCAGAGAGCACACCAGAACACUGUUGAAGUCCUGACUCCAUUCCUGUUUACUUUAUCAAUGGGUGGAAUUCAGCAUCCACGUCUGGCCAGUGUUUUGGGGAUGAUCUGGAUUCUCAGUAGGGUGUUGUAUGCUCGCGGAUACUCAACUGGAAACCCUAAGAAACGUUAUCGUGGGGCGUUCGGUGGCCUUGCUUUGCUGGGUCUGUUCCUUUGUGCUGUGAACACUGGGAGAACACUGCUCGGAUGGGGGCCCGAGUCAAGAUGGCCCAAAUGGCCUAUUUGUUUUAAAUAGUAAAUUUUUGGUUGCAAAAUUAAAUUUUUAAGCAUUGAUUGACUUCAGUAUAUGAAAUAAAAUGUUCAGCAAAUGUAUAAGACUUUUCUCUGUUGUGAAACAUUAAAAAAGCAAAAUAAAUCAAGGCAAAGGUGAUACUAU